GCUCCCCCCCGCAAGUCUCGACUUGCAGUUUCUGAGCGCUGUCUGUUCCUUCUCAGCUGCAUCAUUUCAAUCCUGACAGCAGCCGCCUGUUUCACAGCAAGGCCUAGGACCAUACAGAUGUUGGGUGUAAUUACUGUAGUGUAGAGGCUACACCCAACACAGCUGUACCAGCAUGUGCCGGAGACACGCUGGCCGAUCGUGUACUCACCGCGCUACAACAUCACCUUUAUGGGCCUGGAGAAGCUGCACCCCUUUGACGCAGGGAAAUGGGGCAAAGUGAUCAAUUUCCUAAAAGAAGAGAAGCUUCUAUCUGACUGCAUGCUGGUGGAGGCGAAGGAGGCCUCAGAAGAGGACCUGCUGGUGGUACACACGAGGCGCUAUCUCAACGAGCUGAAGUGGUCCUUUGUGGUCGCCACCAUCACAGAAAUCCCCCCUGUCAUCUUUCUCCCCAACUUCCUUGUGCAGAGGAAGGUGCUGAGGCCCCUUCGGACCCAGACAGGAGGAACCAUAAUGGCAGGGAAGCUGGCCGUGGAGCGAGGCUGGGCCAUCAACGUGGGGGGCGGCUUCCACCACUGCUCCAGCGACCGGGGUGGGGGCUUCUGUGCCUAUGCAGACAUCUCACUCGCCAUCAAGUUUCUGUUUGAUCGUGUGGAGGGCAUCUCCAGGGCCACCAUCAUUGAUCUUGAUGCCCAUCAGGGCAAUGGGCAUGAACGAGACUUCAUGGAUGACCAGCGUGUGUACAUCAUGGAUGUCUACAACCGCCACAUCUACCCCGGGGACCGCUUUGCCAAGCAGGCCAUCAGGAGGAAGGUAGAGCUGGACUGGGGUGUGGAGGAUGCUGAGUACCUGAAUAAAGUGGAGACGAACAUCAGGAAAGCCCUGAUGGAGCAUCUGCCCGACGUGGUGGUGUACAAUGCUGGCACUGACAUCCUCGAGGGUGACCGCCUUGGGGGGCUGUCCAUCAGCCCAGGGGGCAUCGUGAAACGGGAUGAACUGGUGUUCCAGAUAGUCCGUGGCUGCCAGGUGCCCAUCCUCAUGGUGACUUCGGGUGGGUACCAGAAGCGCACAGCCCGCAUCAUUGCUGACUCCAUCCUCAAUUUGUACGACUUGGGGCUCAUUGGGCCCGAGUCACCCAGCGUCUCGGCACAGAACUCAGACACACUGCUUCUUCCCUCAGCAGUGCACUGACCAGCGCUGCCCUCUAAGAGUCUCCCUGCCUGCCUCUCGGUCCUGCCCGCCCCUUAGUGCUUUUUGUUUUCUAACCUCUUGGGGUGGUGGAGGCAGCCACCAGCUAGCACAGAGGGCGGGGCUGUCCCCGACUGGGCUGGCCUGGGAGUCUGGAGCAGCUUUCUCUAGGCCCUCUGUGGGCAAGGGCUGAAGGCAGAGCCUGUGGUUCCAGGGACCACCCACUUGGAGUCAGUUGUCUGAGCAGGCCCAGGGAGGUGGCAGUUCACUGAGAAUGGGGGGAGGACACGUUAGGCCCCAGGGCCAUAGCAAAAAUGCCCAGGGCUUGGGGUCUUCUGGGUCUGGAGAAAGACAGACCCAUUCAGAACAAGGAAGCUUCCAUCUCUAGCCCGUGGGCCUCUGUCUGCCUCAGGCCUGCAAUUUGCUUCACCUUCCUCCUUGCCCCAGGGCAUGGGUGCUGGUGUGGACAGGGUUGUGAGGAAGUGCUGGAGCCAGGCCUCCCACUGGGCCUGGGUCCUGGUCAGCAGGCAAAAGCCCUGGGCCUAGAUGUGAGGGGUAGCUGGGAAGGGGUGCAGGUGGGUUUUCCCUCAAUAAAGCAAAGUCUGGACCUGCUUUCCCAGGAAGAUGAGAGGAGGGAGGCUCCUAGACCUCCAGAUGCCUGCUUUGACAAUGGUCUCACUUGUUCAGUACAAAGGGCAGGUAGUGGGGGCAGAAUUCUUAGCACAAGAUAGGCCUCAGCAUUGGUGCCCUGGGGGGCCUGUUGACCCAGGAGGGGAGAAGGCACCAGGAGGUGGGUAUCACAGAGAGGUGAGGUCAGCAGAGGGAAGUUGGGGUGGGGGCUGUUGGCUGAAUAGGACCCUGCAGGGACCAAGGCACUGGCAAGGCCAAGUGGGGCUCCCUGGAAGUUGUGAGGGUACAGGGCUCAGGCAGGGCCCCUACUGGCCUCACCUGAGUGGCCAGGGCCCAAGGGGCCGGCCCUGUCCUCUACGCUCAACGGGGGAGCAUUGACUCAUUUUGACCAAAGGUAAGCUGAGGUGUCUCUGCCUUAGGCAGCCCCAUUGUGGACUUGCGUCCACUACCACCCUGGAGUGCUCCCACCGUCUCCCUCAUGCUCCCUCUGUUGGAGCAGGGGAAGGUCCCAACGUCACAUAUUGUCAAAAAUGCAGACCUACUAGACCAGGUCCCAAGGCACUAACAAAGCACUUAGAGACGCCGCACCCCUGCCUUCGGUCUGUCUGUGUCUGACUCACAGCACCUAACAUACAUUCACCUGGGGCUCUGAUGGUGGGGUUUGUCCUCGUCGAGCUGCUGCGCCUCCAGAAUCAUAAAGGCCCUCGGUGGGACCUGGCUGCUGUGUGUCCCUGAGGUGAAGAGUCCUUGCCUCCUAAGGAUGAAAGGAAGUGAAGAUAAGAAUCCACAUGGCAUGGGGGCCUGACACAGGGUAGCUGCUCAAUAAAUGCUAGUAUGUUCUCCAUCCUCCAAGUCCUGCGGA